AACCUUUAAAAGAAAUCAAGUGUGAAGUAUCGCACCAUAAAGACUGAGAAAUACACCAGACAGGUCAGGGAUAUUGCUGUGGAGAAUCGUUUAGAACAAUAUCUCAAACUCGACAUCAGUUAAGUAGCACUGUCAUUAACGGAAAAGUGCAACUGCUCAUCGUUGUGCAGGUUGUAUUAUAAAGUUACCACUACAACUUUAUAAGCAGUUCUUAUAACUGUAACAGAAAAUGAAGUACAGUUUCUAAAGGAUUUUGUCAUUUUUGUUCCAGUAAAAAAAACAGAAACAGAAUAGCGGGUAUUUAUCUUCCUUCUCCUCCCAACUUCUCCCACAUUUUCUUGUUUAACUGGACAAGACAAGAAGCUUGCUCUUUUUUGCAGUAACUACGAAGACAUUUCUCAAAGGAUUUGAUGCUUCCUUUUGGGCUGCAGAACACAACCAACAUUGGGAGUCAAACGUCUCAUCUCUGCAGCUUGGGCUCAAUCACAACCAGCGCCGCCAUUUACCAGCCUAGUAACGACGCUCCACAAACUGAUUCUGCACAUCUGUGUCCGUGAUGAGGGUCACCACUGCUCUGCUGUUUGUCUGUUUUUGGAUGAACGCUGGCAUCCAUGCUGUUCAGAAAGGCGAGUUUUACGAUUCAGUCCAAACUGAGAGAUGCAAAUGAAGAACUGCAUGUCUCCUUUUUCUCUGUAGAUCAAAAAUGUGGCUCUACUCCAGCGGUGAACCCAAGGCGUCGAUUCGUGAGGGUGGUCGGAGGAACCCAAGCUACAUAUGGAUCCCACCCAUGGCUGGUAUCAUUACAGAAUAAAGGCUCUCAUUUCUGUGGAGGGGCCAUUCUGACUGACAGCUGGAUACUGACUGCGGCUCACUGCUUCCCAUCCUUAUCAAAAGUCUUUCUGAGUGGUGUGACCGUUCUGGUGGGAGAGUUUGACCUACGAGUAGAAGAUAAAGAUGAGCAAGUCUUCACAGUCAAGUCUCUGUUAAUCCAUGAAAACUACAACCACGCAUGUCCAAUGAAUUAUGACAUCGCUCUGGUGGAACUGCAUCGUCACAUCGCAAUGGGAGCUCGUGUCAGGCCAAUAUGUCUGCCUCUGCCUGAUUUUAAAAUCCCGCCAUCGACUAAAUGUGUUGUUGCUGGAUGGGGAAAAACAUGGGAAAGAGGACACAUUCCUGCAGUCCUGCGAGAAGUCCACCUGGGUUUGGUGGAUCAAGCCAAGUGUAAAUAUGUCCAACUGAUGAUCAAAAGCUCAUUUCCAAAACAGAAACAAAAGUUCCUUGAUCCAGCCAUGACGAUUCUGUGUGCUGGAGCUGAGGGAGGAGGCAGAGACGCUUGCCAGGGAGACUCUGGCGGUCCUCUGGUAUGUCAGGCAGGGGCCGGAAGCGACCACUGGAUUGUGCUGGGAAUAACUUCCUGGGGUCAAGGAUGUGGUCGGAGCUGGGGAAUAAAAGGCAACCGGCAUCCGUCAAAGAAAGGGUCUCCAGGAAUUUUCACUGACGUCAAGCUGCUACUGCCCUGGAUCAAGCAGAAGAUGAGGGAGGCUGAGCAGCAACGACAAUCAACUUCAGGACUGUGUAGUGUGACAGAUGGCCCAGUAUCGGAUAGUGAAGGGGUGAUCAGGAACCCCACUUUCCCUGACACCUACUACGACAAUAACCAGUUGUGUUUGUGGAGCAUCGAGGCUCAUCCAGGUCACAGCAUUUUGCUAGAGUUUGAUCAUUUUGAUGUGGAAAACAGCUCGUAUUGUCAGUUCGACCGACUCACAGUUUCAGGGUCAAAGAACAGGCCUGUUGCAAUAUUCUGCGGUAAAUUACUACCAUCUCGAGUGCUUCUACAGAAUUCCCAGAAUGCAAUGCUGCUCUUCUCCUCUGACAUCAGUCGAGCAGGGCGUGGAUUUGCAGUCAGGUACCGUGGCUUCAAGGGACCCUUUCCUCCAGCAUGCGGGACUAUUGUUCUGGUGGAGGAUCAGAUUUCACUCCACACCCCAAAUUACCCACAGUCCUACAGUAAUGACUGUGUACUCCGCUGGGUCAUCUACGCUCCUCCGGGACAUCUAGUUAAGCUGACGUUUGCUGAUUUUGACCUGGAGGAGUCGGAGAGAUGUUUGCCUGAUUCACUGACAGUUCUGGGAGACGUUGAAGGAAACAAAGAGAUUGCUGUGUUGUGUGGCGGCAGCAUUCCCCCUCCGGUCCUCUCCUUCAGCAGCAUCAUGGUGCUUCAUUUCACCUCAGACAGCCGUAUCACUCACAGGGGCUUCAGCGCAGGACUGACCUUCAUCAGGAAGGAAGGUGUGGUUAUAUCCAUAAAACAAUUCCCCUCACAAGUGUACAUAACACCAACAUGAAUGCAGUAUGUGGUUUGAUCUGUCUUUACUCUUUACCUGCAUGACAGAAAGUACAUGUGUAUUUAAUGGCGUCUUUCUCAAUCAAGAGCUCUUUAGUAAGAUAUUAUAGCCUCUGUUGAGGAGCUGCUCUCUGGUCAGCUGUAUUUCUGCAGAGGCAAUCUUUCUUAAACAAGGCUGAACUUGUGGCAUUUAGAGUGACUGUUGCGCAUUUAACACUGAGGUGACCAAUGGGACGUUGGUGUGCCUUUAAAAAAUUAAGGAAGCAACAAAGUUUGCAAUCAAAAUAUAAGGAAAAGUCAGUUAUCUGUUUCCAUAACAUAGAAGAUGGAGAGACGUCUCAGGCAAAUUGAGAUUGAGAAACAAAAAUAAUAAUCUGAAAGGAAAAUUAAAAUCAUGACACUUUUAUUGCAUUCUUCAUCUUUUCAACACUUCAGUAAAAAGACCAGAACACCGCUAAAAUGUUGUUGAAAUAAAAAUAAUAAUGAAAAGUAAUGGUCUAAUUGAGGGAGCGGAAAAUAUUUUCAUUGCAUUUAUAUAUAUAGUAUACUUAAGAGGUUGCUGCUUUGGCUCCUGUUUCAGAUGGAACCAUUAAGAUCAAAACAAGAAUAGUGAAUCAUGGAUCCAUAAAAGCUUCAUUUUUUCUUCUCCUUGCUUCUGGUUUCCUUUAUUUUUGAAAGGGACACUGUGUGCAUGUGAAAAGCACAGGCAUGUAGGAAGACCUUGAACUGUCUUAACAAUAUAGUAAAAAUUUCAAUGAUUUAGUACAGCCUCACUUUCAAAGAAGCUGGGAUGUUGUAUAAAAUGUACAUUAAAAACAGAGCACAAGAUUGACAAAUUACAUAAACCCAAAUUUUUCUCAAAACAAAAUGUAGUUUACAUUUCCAGAGAAACCCCUCAGUUUAUACAUUACGGACUACUUAUUCUUAUUAAACAUGGGGAACCAAUAUGUAGUUUUAUACUUUUUUUUGCUCUUUCCUUUGUUUUAUUGUUUUGUUUGUAUUUCCUUCUAAUUCGUGUAAAGCACUUUGAACUGCCUUGUUGCAGGAAAUGUGCUACAUAAAUACAAUUUAUACCAUACCGUAUCAAUUGUUUAGGCUAAGAAGUUAAAAUAUGAAUGUGUUAGUUUUGAUGGCAUUAAACAACAUGAAAGCAAGUUAAAUAGGGGCAAUAGGGGCAAUAACAAAUGUUAAAAGAACAGGGUAAAAAACAGCUGGAGGGUUUUUUUUGGAUCAAAUUUUUAUAUAUAAUUUUCCAGAAAAACUACGUCUUACAAAAGUGGAGCAAUUUUAGAAUGGAGAUCCUUAAUAAAAAAUUUGAAAGGUUUUGAACGAUUUAUAAUCUACAGUUUGUAAUUUAACAAAAGAUGGAACCUGACUGGUGUAGCAGGCACCCCAUGUACAGAGGCCUUCAUUUCUUGAUACAGCAAUCGGGGGUAUGACUCCUGACCUCUGGACCUUUCUUUUGAGGAACUGUAAAUUUUAAAAAUUUAAAUAUUUCUUCUAAUUCUUUUAGAUUAAAUGUGUGUGGCAGUGUUUUUUAUCACCCUUAUAAGUUUUAAUGGACACAAAUGACUUUUCCUUUUCUUGUCUGAUAAAUCUUCUUUAUACCAAAACAAUCAUUCCUCUUUCAGUUGUUUUUUAGUUUUUCUUGUUUCCUUUGUCUCUCAGCUCUCCUUUCUGAAUGUCUCCAGUGUAAACUCUCACCACACCCAGAGGCUUGGAGACCUUGGUCUUGCUUUUCCCCUGGCUGUAUGUCUUUCUUCUCCCAGUUUGUGAAAGUGGAACUCCACCCACUGAGAUUUGCAGUGACUCAUACAAGGUGUAGGUAGCAGGUGUGGUUGAUGUGGUCCCUUAUAGAAGCAAUUCGAAAUUUUGAGAUUUCUUAGAUUAUGGACAUUGUUUUUAAUGCAGAUAUUCUGACAAAAACCAGCUAAGACAUUUACAAUGUAUGUUUUAGUAACAGUGAAGCUUUUGGUUUAGAAUGUGUGUAAGCUACUAGUAUUCAUAAUGCACAAGGAGCAGGAGGUACUUUCUAAAUGCUUCCUCACUCUUAUUUUUUUUUAAAUGUAUUUAUUUAUUUUUUGGCUUUCAUGUGAUUUUGGUUUGUCUGCCCACAGCAGUGCUGUUUGUCAGCCAAAUGAUAUUCUGUUUUGCUAGCUUCUCUGGAAACCAGUGAGCGCAGUGCUUGCUAAGGAUAACUUGGCAGAAAUAGUGACCACUUCAGGCAACAGCACAUCCGUGUUGCAACUACAAAGUCUGUGUGUUUCCAAACAUUUUCUGUCUGGCAUUCCAGAAUAUUUUAUUAUAUUUCCUACGUUUCUGUGGAUGUAAGAUGCCUACGCAUACCUAAAAAUGUUAUAAAUGGGUAUUUGCAAUUUGUUUGUAGUAAAGAAAGAGAUGAGCUUAGUUUUUUUCAGUGACUCUGUAUUAGGAAAUAAUCAUAUCUUGACAAAGCAAUAACUCGAAACUUAAACUUAAAGCUUUAACAUCUGACCUCAAGUUUUGGUGCUGAGGUAAGAAGAAAACUUUGUUUUACGGCUCCCUCUACUGGCACAUCUGAGAAACUACAGUGCUAGUUUUGAAGAAUUUCCUAAACAAAUGCAUUCUAUUUUUUCAAAAAAUAUUUUUUGUGUUAAAAUAUAAUAAAAAAUAGACUUUUAUUCAUUUUCAGCUGAAGUUAUAGUAAAAUUUAUUUCCUCUUUGCCUCAAUGAUGGGUGUAAGAUUUUCUAGGUUCAGAUCAGGACAAACCUAACAGCGUCAUCUUCCCUCCUGCUCUGUUUCUUUUCCUGCUCAUUUUACCAUCUAAAACAACUGGUUGUGCUGGUUAUAAGCAGUCUCACCAUGUGCCUGCAUGCCUUGCUCAACAGACCUGGUGCCAUUUCUUCACAAAUUAACUAAGAGUUGUGCAUAAGUUGUUUGAGACUUAUUUAUAACUGUAUCAUUGUUUUUCUUAAGAUAAAUAUGUGUUGAAUGUCACGUUCUUUAGGGAAUAGUAACUUAAUUUAAAAAAAAAAAUCUUCAUCUCUUUGCUUAAAGGAACUUUUGUCUUGCAGAUUCAUUCAAGCAGCAGUCCAGAAGCAAAGCUCUCACCCAUUAGGUGUUGAGAAACAAGAGUCCAAGAGCGGAUCAAAGAUUUCAUGCUGGAAGGAAAUCAGAUCACGAAGAGCACAGGGGUGAAUCCUCAGGAAAUUGACACCUGUUGCUGCAAUGAGACUCAUCUUCAUUUAGAAAGGGAGAAACUUGAUUGAUCAACCACUUUCUGUUCAAUCGCUGCUUGGUAUUUCAGGGGAAGCAUAAAAAACAUUGUUUACAUGUUGAUGUACCUGUGUAAAAAUAAUCUGGUGUCAAGACUUGUUAAAAACGAAAUGCAACUUUUGUUGAAAUAGAGUUUUCACAAUGUUCAUAGUCACAUUUCUAUUAAUUGCAAUAAAGGAUAUUAGUUGAUUCCACCAUUA